UCUCGGUAAGAAAGAACCCAUUUGCUGUAGUAGGGUGGGUUAUUAUUUUUCAUUCGCACCCGGUCCCAUAAGAAUAUCCUUUUCCCCCAGGAACAACUCAAUUCUCUUUCUCCCUCUUCUUUCUCUUCUAUUAAUCACAACCACACCAACAAACACAACAACCCAUCAAUCAUUACAGAAACUACAGAUAACAAUAAUACAUUACAUGAAAGGACAUUUUACUCAAAAUGUUCUAAGUCAUUGAUCCUCCCGAUCAUCCCUCAGUUGACUUCCUCAGUCAUCAAAAUUAUUUCUCCAACUAUACCAACACUCUCAACUCAAUCCCCCCCCUCUACUCCAAAUUUUCCCCUCCAGGAAAAUCUGACUACUAGCAACGCUUUCAGCAGCUUUAGUCCUUCAACCGCAACAAUACUCCCACAAGAGUUAAACUCUUUCACAACGGAUUCCCAAUCAACAUGGCUUCCCAACUCCAAUCCAUCGAGCCUGCCGGCACAAUCACCAAAUCAACUAUCGUAUCAGUAUCCUCUGAACAAUACGGUUCAUCAAGAUCCCUCUCAGCAGGACUUUGUUCUCUUCGAGACCAGAACUCCGAACGUUCAUCAUACCCCUAGUCUGUCCAAUAGCCAAACCUUUACUGGUCAAAAUCGUCGUCACUCAUCCAAUCUCGCAUCUGCUUCCCCAUUGCUGCAGAAUCAGAGAGUCGCAGCGAUAAUACAAUCUACUGGACACCCUUCUACUUCAGCUUUUACCAACCGGUUCAACUCUCCGCAGCUUGGGCAGCAUCAGAAUUUUUACUCUUCUGCGCCUGCUUCUCCAGCAACUUUGCAACGACCUCAGCGAUCUCGUCCUCCAGUACCCUUGUUUUCACAAUCAACUGGAAGCAUACCGCGGAAUCUAAACAUGGCUCUGCAAGGUAAUUUAUUAAAUCAUUAUUCACAUGCACGUUUCCGCAAUGACUCACAUUUACACGCAGACAUGGAUCUUUUUGAUGAAUUCACUCCUUUCGAGGGUGGAACCUCGACACAAAACUCGUACUCUUCGGCUUUUUCUUCCCCUGCUCUUGCAACAAUGUAUGACCCAACAAACAACUUGUCAUCUACAAGCUUCUCCAACAUGUCAUUUGUUUCGCCUCAAGACCUUUCUCUUCGCGACUCGUUCUCUUCUGCUCCUAACUCAGCUGCGUAUACAAGCUUGACCACUCCAUCUACGUUUGACGGGUCCCCUGCUUUCGAUCAGGAUGAUUCGCCUUUUGUCGGUCAUGACGGUCUCCACGAUAACAACGUUGUUCAAGGUGAUCCUUGGUUCUCUCUUUUCCCUGACGUAGACAACAACGAGCAGCCAAACGCCAUCAACUCUCCUUUGGCAGUAGAGGAAGAACUCGAAAUAUCGGAGCAACUUCAUGAGAAAAAGGAUAAUCGUCGCAAAUCUGGUUCCGCAACAUCACCAAUGUCUGCUACAUCUGGUGUUCGAAAACCUUCAAAACCCUUAGCACCUAUCAUCGUUGACGACCCUAACGACACUGCCGCAAUGAAACGAGCUCGUAACACUCUUGCUGCCCGAAAGUCUCGACAAAGAAAAAUGCAACGAUUCGAAGAGCUUGAAGAACAAAUCGCAAAGUUAACCGCUGAGAGAGAUCAUUGGAAGGAAAAAGCUUUGAGAAGAAGUAAUGCACAAUAAAGACUAUGGUACAGUCACCGGCACACUCAUGGAUUGGAGGGAGGGAUUUUUGGUUCUCUUUACUCCAAGGAGAUUAUAGUAGCAGCUGUCGCAAAGGGACACAGUUAUGACGCUAUAGUCGUGGAUUUCUUUAGUUCGAAAAGUAUUAUUGUUAUAUUGUAUCUUUCUAUUUCAUACUUUGAUAUUAAGAUGGGCGGUACUGAAGUCUUGGAUGGUUUAUUUUUUUCAUUGUUCCUUUCCAAGGGAAGGACCCUAGGGAUUUGUAAGGGAAUAUCGUUGAAUGAGUGGCUCUUUCGCCAUGGAUUUAUAGAUACUUUUCCGUUUUUUUCUUUCCUUUUUUCCUAGGUUGGACUGGCUUGUUAGCGGAAUAUUCUUGGUGUGUCUCCCACUUUGACCUAAUUGAUCUAAGUGGUGUGUGACCCAAAUUUUGUGUUGUUAUAUUUAUCGAUGGAAUAAGAAUCAAAUUGUUGAUCACAUAUUUGUU